CCCGUCUUAGGUUGUCGACAUCGGUUGUCGACAUCGGUUGAUGCAGUCGGUGCAGUCGUGCAGUUGAUGGACUGCAGAAACAUACACACCCCUACAUAUCUACGACAGCAAGAGCGAUGUCAUUACUAUGGCCAGCCACAACGACGCCUCCAAGCUAACCCUCUUCUCUCUCCCAAACGAAGUGCUAGUACAAAUCCUCUCGAGGUUCUCGACCCGCUCCCUCCUCCCGUGGACGGCAGUCUCCCACCGCUUCCACGCCCUCAUCCUAAGAAUCCUGCACUACCGGCUCCGCAUAGCCGCCUCCCUGCCCGAAUAUAAGCUCAUCCUCGAAUGCUUCCACCCGAGCUCGAAACUCAUUGAACCGCACGUUUUCUGCACCUACAUCGGCACAGAUGGCCUGAGCAGCCAGUUCGACGGGAAGGGGUCCCUGUACGAGAACGUCGACACCGCGGAGCGCCUCGGCCGACUCGGCUCAGUGUACUCACGGUUCCGGCCGGAGCGGGUACCAGAAGAUAGGUCGGUGGCCGCGCGAUGGGAAUCGCAUAGCACAGACGAAGAGCCGGAGACCCACCACGAGGACCGGACGGUGGCGCGGCUGAUCAACCUGGAAGAAUUCGAGGAUUUCUUCCAGCUGUGUGUGGUGGUCAAUGUGGUCAAAGUCAUGCCGGGUAGUGACCUCUUGCUGAGUGCGCAUACCGUCGAAGAUGGGGUCAUAAGAGUGUUUCGGGAUUGGCUUAAGGAGCGAGAAGGAUGGGACCGUACUGCCCCUGGUGGUGAUACUCCGGGCAAGGGACUGGCCGCAGAUCGCGACGAGGCGCAGAUGCUCUGGGUUGAUCCAGGUCGCAAUGUCGGCAUCAAGGCGCGGGUUCGGGAGAGGAGAUAUCUCAACCAGCAGAUGCCGUUGCUGGUCCACCGUGAUGAGGAGGGGUCGACGGCAUACGAAUUGAGCAUUGAAGAAUUGCAUAUUCGCACCACUUGUCUGUUGAUGACCGUCGAGAAGUCCCAGGAGGAACAGAAGAACUAUCCGAAGGCGGUGAUCUUUACGCGGAGUGUAUAGUCCAUGAUAUUGCACAGCAGGUGAUAUGCUUCAAUAUGGUUAGUUAAUGCAUGAAGCCAGUCCAUCAAUAAGAAGUAGCCAUAUGCAAUAUAUGCC